UAAUAAAAAACAUGUAUUUGAUAAAGAGAAGAAAUGUUUUAUGGAACCAUGGAAGAAACGAUGGUUUUAAGAAUUUUUGUGGGGAUGAAAGAUCUGUGAGGAACAAGUGUUGGGGAACGAUAACGAUGGACACUAAAUCUGAUUUUAAAUGGCUAUACCUUACUAAAAUAAAUUAUAAAUAAAUAAGAACCUCAUAGCAUCCAUAGCUUGAUUGGAUACAGAAUUAAAAAAAAAAAAAGUUCCAGAUAAAUAAUGUUAUUUCUAGGAUGGCAGAUAUUUCUAGGGUGAGAUUCAUCACAAAACAUAUAGUUUGUGAGAUUAAAGCCAAGUUAAUGCAAUAAAUCAGUACAGAAAAAACUUCCAGUUACAAUCUUGUAGCUAAAAGAUCACAACUGAGCCAUGGAAAUUACAAGUUUUUUGCAUUUAUUUCACAACCAGCAACAAUUAGAUGCAGUGAGUCUGCUCAAAUUUCGUAAAUGAAAAUGAAGGAAGAAGAAGAGAGUGUAGGAUAUGAGGGCCUUCAAGUUCAAAUAUUUCAGAAAUUAAGAGGAGCCUUCAUUAGAUUAUCUCUAUGAUCCAGAGGCAGCUAAAUAAAAUUAUUAAUUUAGUUAUAAAAUUAUUUAGAAAAAUAAUUUGUUUUUUAAAUAGCAAAAUGAUGCCUGAAAAUUGAGUGGCACGACAGCUCAGCAUAGAGAAGAAGUAAAGCUCCUCAAUUUGUAAGUCUCAGUCUGUUGGCUUCCUUUUCUGGAACCUCCAAAAUCAUCGGCAAUGGCGGCUUAUGCAGCUCUGCUUUCUCUCUCGACAAUCAAUCAGAUCCAAUUCCUUCAUAAAAAGGCUGAUUUCAUAGAGGCCUAUAAUCACGGUGGAGGUAGUAAACAGGCACAACAUCUCGAGAGACAAAUCUCGCACGUGAUUGAAUCGUGGAUCGAAUUCAUUCUGUAUCCAAUCAAGCAAGCCUUGGAUGCACGGUCGAUCUGCAGCAGAGGGCUUCCUCUGUCGGUCACUGUGAUCGGAGGGCUUCUUCAGAAGUCAGCUAAGACAGUUGAAUAUUGGCACAAUGUGUUAGAAAACAUUAGAUCAAUUUUGAGUUCAGGAGAGGGAGACCAAUGCUUAAAUGUGUUGUAUUCGAGUUAUAGCCAUUUGCCUGCUCAUCUGAAGCCAUGUUUCCUUUAUAUGGGGACUUUUCAAGAGGAUCGCGAGAUUCCAGUCUCGCGAACUGCUGAGGGAUUUCUAAAGCCCAAAGCUGCUCGAGUCUUGGAAGAGGUUGCAGAGGAUUACUUAAAGGAUCUCAUUGACAGGAUUACUUAA